UCUGGCACUUUGUACUCCAGCACCAUUGGUGGAUCAAUAUUUAAUGCCCGGAGAUUCUGGCUCUGCAGGAGUCAUGUCAGGGGACCUCUCGAGCCAAUCUGCUUGGGUAGAGGAGUGAUAAUUAUUCAUGGGCUCCUGCCUCUUGCUCCUUCUCUUGCACAGCCCCACUCUGCUGACUCAGUGCCUUAUUCAGUCUUCUCUCCCUCUCUCCACUGCUGUAGCUGGACCCUUUUGCCUUCAGCGCCUCUGAGAGCUGCACAUCCCAGCAUGGCUAAAACAGCAAUGGCUUACAAGGAAAAGAUGAAGGAGCUGUCCAUGCUCUCGCUGAUCUGCUCCUGUUUUUACCCGGAACCUCGCAACAUGAACAUCUAUAAAUAUGAUGACAUGGAAGUGAAACAAAUCAACAAACGUGCCUCAGGCCAGGCAUUUGAACUGAUCCUAAAGCCGCCAUCUCCAGUCUCAGAAGCACCACGAACUUUAGCUUCUCCAAAGAAGAAAGAACUCUCUCUUGAGGAGAUCCAGAAAAAGCUGGAGGCUGCAGAGGAGAGGAGAAAGUCCCAGGAGGCCCAGGUGCUGAAACAUCUGGCAGAGAAGAGAGAACAUGAGCGAGAAGUGCUUCAAAAAGCUUUGGAGGAGAACAAUAACUUCAGCAAAAUGGCAGAGGAAAAGCUGAUACUGAAAAUGGAACAGAUCAAAGAAAACCGUGAAGCUAAUUUAGCUGCUCUUAUUGAACGCCUCCAAGAGAAGGAGAGGCAUGCUGCAGAGGUCCGUAGAAACAAGGAGCUCCAGGUGGAACUGUCUGGCUGAAAACAGCAAUGGUGGAUGUGACCCAUCCCCACCAUUAGUAAACUCCCCCUGCCUAUAUUAUUAUGGAUCAUGCGAUAUAAGUAUGGGAAAUGUAUGACGUGGUUUAAAAAAAAAAAAGGUAAAAAUCAAGAACUCAAUAAAAAACUUUAAAAAAAGAAACAAAAAAAAUAAAAACAAUGCGGUC